AUGAGCAGAGGUUGGCGCAAGAAAGGAGUGACCUCUGGGCUCCUGGCAGCUCCUGGUUCCCCGGAAUCACUUACCUUCCAGCAUGUGGCUGUUCCCUUCAACCAGGAGGAGUGGAGACACCUGGACCCAGCUCAGAAGAUCCUCUACCAAGAGGUGAUGCUGGAGAACUAUCAGCACCUGGUCUUCCUGGGGCUUCCACUUUCCAAGCUAGAGCUGUUCUCCCACCUGGAGUGUAGGGAAAGCCCAUGGAUACUGUUGAAGAAAGAGCUGAGAAACCUCUGUGCAGGCCCUACACAUCAGAUAAUUCAUUCUAGAGAGAAACUCUAUAGAUGUAGCGAAUGUAGAAAAGCCUUCAGUAACAGUUCAUCACUUAACCUACAUCAGCAAAUACAUGUGGAAGAGAAACCCUAUGAAUGUAAUGACUGUGGAAAAAUGUUCAGUGAUCAGUCAUCUCUUAAUCUACAUCAGAGAACUCAUACUGAAGAGAAACCUUGGGAUGUCCAUAAAGGAGUUCUUGCUCAGCAUCAUAAAUUUCAUGAUGGAGAGAAAGUAUCUAAAUGUAAUGAAUGUGGGAAAGCUUUCUUUGAUAGUAUGCAACUCACUCGACACAUGAGAACUCAUACUGGGGAGAAGCCUGAUAAAUGCAGUGAAUGUUCCAAAGCUUUCAGUGAAAGCUUAUCUCUUACUGUACAUCAGAGAAUUUCAUUCUGGAGAAAACCAUAUAGAUGUAAUAGAUGUGGGAAAGUCUUCAGCACACAGGGAAGCCUUACAAGUCAUCAGGGAAUUCAUACUGGAGAGAAACCUUAUAGUGGCAGUGAUUGCAGGAGAUCUUUCAACUCCAGCUCAUCCCCUGAAAAACAUAAAAGAACUCAUACUGAGGAGAAGUCCCAUAAAUGUCUUGAAUGGGGAAAAGCCUUCAUUCACAGGUUGUCCUUUACAGUACAUCAGAGAAGUCAUACCAGAGAGAAACCCUGCAAAUAUAAUGAGUGA